ACACCCUCGCCGGCUCUUAUUUUCCCAACGAACGUGUUCGUUGAUUUAUCUCUUCUCUCUCUCUCUCUCUCUCUUUCUCUCUCUCUCGUUUUUACUGCUCCGGACUCCGAGGAAACACGUACAGGAGAUCUCAAGCAGUCAGAAGAGUAAAGAAAGUUUGUGAGGAAGAGAGAGCAGAGAAAGAACCAUGGCUAAGGAAAAUUUACAGGUGCUAAAUGCUCUGGAUUUAGCAAAAACACAAUGGUACCACUUUACUGCAAUCAUCAUUGCUGGAAUGGGGUUCUUCACUGAUGCAUAUGAUCUCUUCUGUAUAUCUCUUGUCACCAAAUUGCUUGGCCGGAUAUAUUACCAUGUUGAUGGGGCAGAAAAGCCCGGCACAUUGCCUCCCAACGUGGCGGCUGCUGUUAAUGGUGUAGCCUUCUGUGGAACUCUAGCCGGCCAGCUCUUUUUUGGGUGGCUUGGUGACAAGAUGGGCCGGAAAAGAGUCUAUGGUAUGACUCUCAUGCUCAUGGUUAUAUGCUCAGUUGGUUCAGGCCUGUCCUUUGGCCACAGUGCUAAAUCUGUCAUGGCAACACUCUGCUUCUUCCGGUUCUGGCUCGGGUUCGGCAUCGGUGGCGACUACCCGCUUUCUGCCACCAUCAUGUCCGAAUAUGCUAAUAAGAAGACUCGUGGCGCCUUCAUUGCUGCAGUCUUUGCUAUGCAGGGUUUUGGAAUUUUAGCAGGUGGUAUAUUUGCGAUUAUCAUUUCAUCCGCAUUUAAGUCCAGGUUUGAUGCUCCAACUUAUGAGGAGAAUGCGAUUGCCUCAACUGUCCCACAAGCAGAUUAUGUUUGGAGGAUUAUUGUAAUAGUGGGAGCAAUCCCAGCUGCACUGACCUACUACUGGAGGAUGAAGAUGCCUGAAACUGCUCGUUACACUGCCCUUGUUGCCAAGAAUGCAAAACAGGCUGCAUCUGAUAUGUCAAAGGUUCUACAGGUUGACAUUGAAGCAGAACCAAAGAAGGUUGAGCGGUUAACUCAUCAAACAGGCAAUGGAUUUGGUUUGUUCUCUAGGGAGUUUCUUCGCCGCCAUGGACUUCACUUGCUUGGAACAACAAGCACAUGGUUCUUGCUUGACAUUGCAUUUUACAGCCAAAAUCUAUUCCAAAAGGACAUCUUCAGUGCAAUUGGAUGGAUUCCUCCAGCAAAGACCAUGAAUGCCAUUGACGAGGUCUAUAGAAUUGCAAGGGCACAAACACUAAUUGCCCUAUGCAGCACUGUCCCUGGCUACUGGUUUACAGUGGCUUUCAUUGACAGGAUUGGAAGGUUUGCUAUCCAACUGAUGGGUUUCUUCUUCAUGACAGUGUUUAUGUUUGCCCUGGCUAUUCCUUACAACCACUGGACUCAUAAGGACAACCGCAUUGGGUUUGUGGUCAUGUAUUCACUCACCUUCUUCUUUGCAAAUUUCGGGCCUAACGCCACCACAUUUGUUGUGCCGGCGGAGAUUUUCCCGGCUAGGCUCCGGUCUACUUGCCACGGCAUAUCAGCAGCAUCUGGAAAGCUUGGUGCUAUAGUUGGUGCUUUUGGGUUUCUGUAUUUGGCUCAAAACAAGGACAAGGCCAAGGCAGAUGCAGGGUACCCUGCAGGAAUUGGGGUGAAGAAUUCUCUCCUUCUGUUGGGUGGAGUCAACUUCUUGGGGAUUUUGUUUACUUUCUUGGUUCCCGAAUCCAAUGGAAAAUCCUUGGAGGAGAUGUCUAGGGAGAACGAAGAUGAAGAUGGAGAAGAGCUGGAGUUGGAGCCACCACCUGCUUCCAGCAGGACAGUUCCAGUUUAUUAGAUUCAGUUUGUGACACAGAAUCCUUUCAGUUUGGCAAGAGAAGCUCAAAGAUUGUAUCAUUUCCUUGUUCCUUUUUUUUUUGUUCCUAGCUUCUUGUAGUGGUUUGAGUUUCUGUUGUAAUCUCUCGAAACAUAGAAGAAUUUCUUCGUUGUUUCUUGUCA